GAAUUUCAAAAUCCACGCUGAACUUGCAGAGUGAGAUGGAAAGUGCGACAGUCGAUAUGGAAAAUGUAGAAAGUGCAGGACGUAAAAUCAUCAAUUUUUCUAAAGACGAAGAUUUAGCGGGCAUUGUCUGGACUGCUGACCACCGUGUGGUUGAAUUGAAUAUCGUUGUAGAUACAUGUAAGCAGUAGUUUAAAUAUUUAUUUCGAAUUCAUCAAAUAUUCUGUGUAUGAUUACGUUUUAACAGCUCAACAACCGUUUAAUUCGUAUACCUUUUAUGAAGGCUCUCUUUGGUUUGCAAUAUGAUAACUGUGAUGAGCUACCAAAAUGUAAAUUAUUUGCUGGCGAUCUCAUUGAUAGUUUUUUAGAUAAAAAAAUUUUAGAGGAAGUGAUUCAAGAGAUUUUAAGAAAGCAUACGGUAUCACGACCCAUCAGGGCCGACGUAAAUGAGGCCACCCGUCGUGAAUUUAUUUCUUCAAUUAUUUAUGGUGUAGCAUCAAACUUCCGGGGUCUUGUAAAGAUAUAUCCUGAAGAGCAAGUCACCGGUACUCAUGGUAAAGGGCCUGUUGAUUGGAUUAUAAAGAUAGGCAAUAUUAUUAUCUGCGUGACUGAAGCGAAAAGAAAUGACAUUAGCUGGGGAAUUGGUCAGAGCACCGUACAGGCACAUGCAUCUAUGCAACUCAAUACCAAAAAACGCACUUUUACUGAUGCCAAUUUGGACGAAGACGAUAUGUAUUGCAUUAUUUCAACCGGCGUCGAAUGGGUAAUAACAAGGGUUAUUCAAAACCGUGAUGGGAAGGUUGAUGUUUAUAUAUGCGAACCAAUGCCUGAUGUAAUACCUAUCAACAAUGCAGUGUUAACUUAUGAUGACCUGUAUUAAAAAGCUGUGCAGAAUAAUCAAUGAGUUAUUUCAUGAAAUGAAAGAUGCAGAGAAACGGGUAAAAUUGAGUUAGAAUUUUAUUCCUCAUUUAUCAUGGCUAGUUCCGAAUCAUAAUAUUAUGCUUUUCUGUAAUCGCAUAAAUAAUAAUAGUAGUUUUUUAACAUAUCAUAUGGAUGCAUAACAAAUGGGAAUCGCUAUAGAUUAAUAAUAUGAUAGAGUAAGUUUCUUCGCGUAUAUCACAU